AUGGAUUCAGCAGAUGAUAAGAUUAGCAGGAGAAAACGGCCGAUAAUGUCUGACAUGCUUAAGGCACAGAGUCCAGCUCAAGAGUCAAGAUGGGAGCAGGUUCAAAAAGAAAUAGCGGCUACUGGAAGUUAUCAACUAACAGAAACAGAACUCAUUUACGGUGCCAAGUUGGCUUGGAGGAACUCCGUCCGAUGCAUUGGAAGAAUUCAGUGGUCGAAGCUUCAGGUAACUGAUAAGAUCGAACAAAAACUUAAGAAGAUACAAGACGACCUGAAAUCACAGGCUGAUAAGAUUACUGCUUUAGAGCAAAAAAUUGAGCAUAUAGAAAUUCGUUCUGAUAAAAUAAAUAGCAUACUGGAACAAAAAAUAGAUGAUAUGCACCAAAAUCUGAAAAUUAGUCAUGUUUGUAUAUACGGAGUAAAUGAGACGGCAGAUGAAAACAUACAGGAAACAAUAAUGCAGAUAAUCAAUACAAAUACCAACUUGAACCUCAGAGAGAAAGAUAUAAUGGGUUGCUACAGGGUGGGCAAGAGAACAGAAAACGCGAAUAAAUAUAGACCAACCAUACUCAAACUAGCCAAUUCUGAACUCAAAUCCAAACUAUUUAAAAAUGUCAACAAGUUCAAGGGAAAGAAAAUAUACUUCGCUGAAGAUUUAACAAAACAUAGAAGAAUCCUCCUGAAAGAAGCACAAACUAUACUUGGAGUAAGAAACGUAUGGAGUUACAAAGGAUAUUUAUACACCAAGUAUGAAGGACACAACGCGAGAAUCACCUGUGAAGCUGAUAUUACCAAGUACACAUCAAGGAAUUAA